UCCGAAGUAACCUUCACCAUAAACGGGAAGACUUAUACAGCCAAUGCGGAUAGCGUUCCGGUGGAUACAUCCUUGAAUACGUUCAUUCGAAACCAUGCUUAUCUUUCCGGGACCAAGUUCAUGUGUCGGGAAGGAGGCUGUGGGGCUUGUGUGGUCAACGUGUCCGGGCUCCACCCUGUCACGAAGGAAACUAAGUCUUGGUCCGUCAAUUCGUGUCUCUUUCCCGUGUUCGCUUGCCAUGGAUUGGACAUCAAAACCGUGGAGUCUCUCGGUAACCGAAAGGACGGGUACCAUCCGAUACAGGAGCGCUUGGCUCACAUGAACGGGAGCCAGUGCGGGUUCUGUUCGCCCGGCAUGGUUAUGACCAUGUACAGCUUGAUGGAAUCCAAGCAGGGGAAGGUCUCGAUGGAGGAGGUUGAGAACCAGCUCGGUGGCAAUAUUUGCCGUUGCACGGGCUAUCGACCCAUUCUCGACGCCUUUAAAUCGCUGGCAUCAGUAUCGCAACAGGAGCUUCCAGACAUUGAGGAGCUACAAAUUUGUCCCAAAACGAAUACCGUUUGCUCGGCACAGUGUCCAGAGGCAGCCAGUCUGGUGGAGCCGGGAUGUCCCGUACAACUUAAGGCACGCGACGAUAAGGAGUGGCACAAAGUGUUCACUCUCGCUGAAAUAUUUUCCAUCUUCAGCAAUAUCGGUGCAAAACCAUACAUGCUGGUCGGAGGAAACACAGCUCAUGGCGUUUAUCGGCGCAGUGAAUCCUUGAAGAUCUUUAUCGACAUUUCGUCGGUGGAGGAGCUUCGUAAUUAUUUCCUGCGAACCGGAGAGCUUAUUGUGGGGGCGAAUGUUACAUUGACCGAGUUCAUUGAAAUUCUGAACAAAACAGCCAACAACAGACCAAACUUCGGCUACUGCAGAGACAUGGCACGUCAUCUGGGGCUUAUCGCAAAUCCGGCAGUGCGAAAUGCUGGAACCGUCGCCGGAAAUUUGAGCAUUAAAAAUAAAUAUCCGCAAUUUCCAUCCGACGUUUACAUUCUGCUUGAAGCUGUUGGUGCAAAAUUGAUAAUAGCGGAAUCAUUAACCAAAACCCUGGAAAAAUCUACUGAACAAUACUCUCAGACGGACAUGACGAAGAGGGUGCUCAAAAUCAUAUCGCUUCCCCUCAUCAACUCCUUUACAACCACAUUCAAAUCGUACAGAGUAGCUCCACGUGCUCAAAAUGCUCACGCAUACGUCAACGCCGCGUUCCUGUUGCAAUUUGCCAACGACAAAUCGACUGUUAAGUUGGCUACAUUGUGUUUUGGUGGCAUCAAUCCUAAGUUUACACACGCGACCCGUACGGAGAAGCUUCUCGUUGGGAAAAGGCUCUUCGAUAAUAACACCAUCCAACAGGCGAUCAACACCCUCGCGUCGGAGAUUCAACCCGACUGGAUCCUGCCGGACGCUUCUGCCGAGUAUCGUAGAAACCUUGCCGUUUCUCUCUUCUAUAAAUUCAUCCUUAGUGUAGCAACCGAUAACAAUGUGCCUCUUGACCCUCGCUUCAAAUCCGGAUCCACCAUGCUCGAGCGACCGCUGUCAUCCGGCCAACAGAACUACGAUACCAAUAAGAAAAAUUGGCCCGUCUCGAAAUACGUGCCAAAGCUGGAAGGGUUGGCGCAGGCGUCUGGGGAGGCCAAAUAUACGAACGAUUUUCCCCCAUUUCCCGGAGAGCUGCAAGCGGCGUUUGUUGUUGCCACUCAACCGAAUACGAUCAUCGGAAAGAUUGAUCCUACCGAUGCAUUGAAAAUGCCCGGUGUAGUAGCGUUCUACUCCGCCAAACAUGUACCCGGAGCGAACAACUUCAUAUCCAAAGAUAUGAACUUCUACUUCCCGGACGCGGAGGAGAUAUUCUGCAGUGGACGUGUACUAUUCCACGGACAACCGGUCGGUGUGAUUGUGGCAGAGGACUUCGAUCAAGCGGUACGAGCGGCCAAAGAAGUGAAGAUCAUUUACGAGAGAGUCUCCGAAGAACCCGUCUGCCCUACUAUUAAGGCAGUGCUGAUGAAUCAAACAAAAGAGCGCAUUUUCGACCACCCUAUCAACAGUCGAGACGGCCCGGAGAUGGAUGUUCAGGUGUCCAAAAAAAUUGUGGGAACGCUUGAACUAGCUGGACAAUUCCACUACACGAUGGAACCCCAGACAUGCCUGUGCGUUCCCAUUGAAGAUGGUAUGGAUGUCUAUGCGGCAACACAAUGGAUAGAUCUGUCACAGGUGGUGAUUGCUGCCGCUCUGAAGGUGCCGCAAAAUAGUCUUAACUUCACGGUUCGUCGCUUGGGAGGAGGCUUCGGAUCUAAGCUAACCCGUGUCAAUCAGAUGGCUUGUGCUUGUGCUUUGGCAGCCUAUCUCACAAGACGUCCGGUUAGGUUCGUCAUGACGAUCGAGGCAAACAUGGGUUCGUUCGGAAAGAGAUACGGUUGCAUCAGUAACUACCAGGUAGAUGUGAAUGAUAAAGGAAAGAUUCUAAAGCUCUCCAACGAUUUCAUGCAGGACUAUGGUUCGAAUCUGAACGAAAACGUAGUCGAUGAUGCAAAGGUAGUGUUCGGACUUUCGUACAAUUCUAGCACAUGGAAAGUUGAAGGAAAGGCCGUACUAACCGACUCGCCAGCGAAUACAUGGAUGCGUGCACCGGCAACUACCGAAGGUAUGGCCAUGGUCGAAACGGUCAUGGAACAUAUUGCCUGGGUUACCGGCGUAGAUCCGAUGCAGGUGCGGCUGAGCAAUAUGCCGGCGGCAAGCCCGUUCCAAAAGCUGAUGCCACAGUUCCGUCGGGAGGUUGAUUAUGACAAGAGGAAAAAGUCUAUUGAUGAUUUCAACGCUAAAAACCGCUGGCGCAAACGAGGUAUCGCGAUGACCACGAUGCAGUUUCCGUUAGUGUAUUUUGGUGCUAUUAAUGCACAGGUGUCUAUCUACGCAAAGGAUGGUACGGUUUCGAUCAGUCAUGGAGGCAUUGAAGUUGGACAGGGCAUCAACACCAAGGCGGCUCAGGUUGCUGCCUUCACGCUAGGCAUUCCGUUGGAGAAAGUUUCUAUCAAACCAACGAACAGCAUGACGUCGCCUAAUGCCGCCAUGACCGGAGGAAGUAUGACUAGCGAGUCUGUGUGCUUGGCCGUGAUAAAGGCAUGCGAAAUACUCAACACCCGACUAAAACCCAUCAAGGACGAGCUUAAAAACGCCCCUUGGGAAAAGGUGACCCAAACCUGCUACUCCCGAGACAUUGAUCUGAGCGUUCUCUAUCAAUACAAGAAGGCUGAUCUGAAACCCUACAGCAUCUGGGGGUUGGGUUGUGCUGAGAUCGAGGUUGAUGUCCUCACUGGUGCCGUUCAACUAACCCGCGUCGAUAUUCUCGAGGAUACCGGUGAGAGCCUUAGCCCGGGAAUCGAUGUUGGCCAGAUCGAGGGAGCGUUUGUGAUGGGAAUCGGAUACUGGUUAACGGAGUCGCUGGUCUACGACAUGACCAACGGUGCACUGCUGACGAACCGCUCCUGGAACUACAAGCCUCCAGGAGCGAAGGACAUACCGGUCGAUUUCCGCAUUCGGCUGAUACAGACCGGUGACAAUCCGUCCGGAGUGUUACGAUCGAAGGCAACCGGGGAACCAGCCUUAACCUUGGCUAUCGGGGUAGUGUUUGCUCUCAGAAAUGCCCUACGAUCGGCGCAGAAGGAUGCCGGACGUCCGGAUGAUUGGAUUCCUUUAGGAUCGGCCUCAACUCCGGACCAAAUUUUCCUGAAAGCUUCCAACGCAUUUGAGCAGUAUAAACUUAAAUAG